UCCGACAAAGCCGAAGGGGAGCUCUUCAAUCAGCUUUUUCAUUGCGAUUUGUUGUCUGUUAUUGCUUUUCUGUCACUUGUUUCUUGGCUAGCGAGAGGUUUCGUGCAAAUUUCUGGAGAGAGAAAUGGGGAAGCAGCCGGUGAGGAUGAAGGCAGUGGUGUACGCUUUGUCGCCGUUCCAGCAGAAGGUGAUGCCGGGCCUCUGGAAAGAUUUACCCGGAAAGAUCGCCCACAAGAUCUCUGAUAAUUGGCUCAACGCCACUCUCUUGCUCGGCCCUCUUGUCGGCACCUACUCGUAUGUGCAGUGGUACCAAGAAGCGGAGAAGAUGAAUCACAGAUACUGAAGCUAAUUAACUCAAUUAGUCUUUGGAGAGUUCCAUUAUUUCAGGUUAGUCAAUAAGCUGAGUUGCGGUUUCACCUCCCAUUGCAGGUGACGGAUUUCAAGUUAUGUUCAAUUGCAGAUAGUUGUUUUCCUAACAUUUGUUCCAUGUACUACUUAGAAUGCUUCUAAAUGACUUGGUCUUUUUCUCGUGAGUCCACAGAAAACAAUGCUGUUUGUUCAAAUCGUUUGUGAUAAAUUUGCUAUAGUCCGAUGCUUGAGAGUACGUUAUGCUAAGUUGUUCAAUUCAUUCUUCUGC